UCGGAGACGGACCUGCCGGAGCUGCGCAGGCGCCAGAUUGUCAGCGACACGGCCAACCUCCCGAGCCGGGCAACGGUGCACAGCACUACGUACUCGGGGGUGCCGACUUGCACGCCUAAGCCGUGGGGUUCUGGGGAUACAGUCGCCUCCACGACCACCAUUAAGUCCGUGACCAAGUCGACGUACACCACGGAGAUCGUGCUGGCUUCUAUGGGAGUGUCUUCGUCGUCCUCCUCCUCCUCUUUGGUGUCAUUGUCGUCCAGCAGUCCGAUGUCAUCCUCGAGCUCUGCAGCCCCCUCCGCUUCAUCGAAUCCCUCAACACCCGGCCGCUGCGGUGCCGACUUUGGAGGAAUAACCUGCGCUAGCUCCGCCUACGGCGACUGCUGUUCUGAGUACGGCUACUGCGGCGACACGACGGCACACUGCAGCACAGGCUGCCAGACGGCCUUUGGUACGUUUAGUGAGUUGGGACCGGUGGUUUUCACGGACAGUACGUGCAGCUCGAACAGUGAUCCCGAGGGUGCGACCUUCCUUGGAUCUGCUUUCGGGGAUUGUUGCUCUGAGUGGGAUUAUUGCGGAAGCACGAAUGCUUACUGCGGGACGGGAUGCCAAUUAGCGUUUGGUUCUUGUACGGAAUCAUAG